ACAGGCUGAAUGCGCGUGCAGAGAUGCGCGAGUAUCCGCGAAUUCCCGGCAGCACGGGGCCGCAGUCCGCACAAUAAAGAAAAAAAUUGCCACAGAGUUAGAGGAACAGAGAGGUGGCGAGCGAGACAGAGACAGAGAUACCGUCCUAAUCCUCCUGGACGCCGAAGAGGCAGACUCGAUUAAUAGUCACGGUCGCGAGAGAAACGACGUCGUCCUCGUGCGCGCGGUGCCUCGGGAUGAGACUGCUGCUACUUUAAGCGGAGCUUCCGGAACGGAGUACCGUUCAAUGGGCCACCGCGUCUGGUGAUCAUCAUCUCUGGUGAAACAGUUUUUCAAUUUGUGUCUCCCGUCUCGUAAAUCGUUCUCUCAACGCGUCGUUACUCACGAGUUCAACGAAUAAAACGAGUUGUUCGGUCGGCGUCGAAACGCGUGUGAGUCGUUUUGUCCGGGAAACGAGCAGUAUCAGACAAACGCCUGAUAAAAUGAGACCCGGCGGCUUCGUUUUGUUCCAUCUUCUGCUUGUGUAUAUGUUUUUCCUCGUAUCGGAAGCGAGACUCAUACAACAAGCGGCUGACGACGACGACGACGACGAUGACGAUGAUUGGGACGACGAGGACGACGAGGACGACGACACCGACGAGCAGAGUUAUCAAACGAAACCGGAGGUGGACGAUGACGGACGCAUAUAUAAGAACCCGAGGAAUUCCCCGUCGGCGGCGUGUCCAAGAAACGAGGGACAGGCGGAAUUGCUCGGCCAGAAGUGUCUGCGAAAGUGUUCUACCGAUGAAGAUUGCAAGAGCAAGAAGAAGAAGUGCAGAUGCGACGGUGUUUGCGGGAUGUCUUGCAUCAAGCCUGAGAGAGAAUGCCCGGCGCUGAGCGAUAUUCAGCACGGUGUGAAGUCGGAGACUGGAAGAUUUUUCGGCGAUCAAGUCCAUUACACUUGUGAUCCUGAUUAUUUCACCGUCGGUGUUACCGAGAGAACGUGUAGGGCCGACGGUAAAUGGACCGGCACGACGCCUUCCUGCAAGAAGGAUGUCAGUUCCUUCUGUUCUCAGCCGCCUAAGGUGAAAAACGCGCGACACAACGCGCUCUCUGAACAGACCACUUUCGACUUGGACAACGAAGUUCAGUACUUUUGCGACCAUGGUUACACGACUACCGGUAUCAGAAAGGCGAGGUGCCUGUUGAUGGAAGGUAUUGCUAGCUGGUUUGGACCUGACAUCACCUGCGAGCCGCAGAAAUGUGGACCUCCCGCGGAUAUAGCGAACGGCGGGUACGCGGGCGAAUGUUAUACGUACGAUUGUAGUGUGUCGUACCAUUGUAUGGAUGGCUACGAAUUAGUUGGCAAAGCGGAGAAGUUAUGCUUGGCAGAUGGCACAUGGACUCCUAAAGAAUCACCACAAUGUGUGCAAGUUACAACGGUGCAAUGUCCGAAACCGGAGAAUCCAGUGAGCGGGAACGCGGUGUACACUUCGUAUGCAUACAAUUCCAUCGUGUCGUACGAAUGCAAGUAUGGAUACACAGUGGUCGGCGCGACGACCAGGCGUUGCGGGGCAGAUAGAAAAUGGACCGGAAAGACACCUACCUGCCAGGAGAUUAAUUGCGGUUCACCUGGUGUUCUGUACAACGGUUGGAUUGAGAAUAUCGAGGCGGGUACCGGUCUGGGUGCCAGCAUAAUUUUCCGCUGCAACGACCACAUGAAGCUCGAGGGAAAUACCUCGUCGGUUUGUCAGAUCGACGGAAAGUGGCGUUAUCCAUUGCCGCAGUGUCUUGCACCUUGCGUCGUGCCUCAAAUAGAAAACGGUAACAUCACGGUGGCCAGCCACGAUAGGGAUCACAUCAACAACGUGACUGUGGUCGAGCAUGGCGAGAGAUUGCUAGUUUUUUGUGAAGAAAAUUAUGAAUUCGCGGCGAACAACACGCCCGUAGUUUGUAAUAAUGGCACGUGGUCCAUCGUGCCCAGUUGCUCGCCAGCCAGGUGUAAACAAUUGCCUAAAUCGCCCAAAAAUGGGAUGGUGAUAGCACCCAAAACCGAUCACGGAAUGAAAGCGAUAUUCAAGUGCAAAGAUGGAUUUGAACUUGUCAAAGAUGGGCCAGACAACAUCACGAGAUCGGUGAAAUGUCAAUAUGGAAAUUGGAUCGGAGACAUUCCUCACUGCAUGCAAGUGUUUUGUCCUUUCCCUGGUUUCAUCGAGAAUGGAAAGGUCUUCUUGAUGGGCAACAUGGGAGUCUAUGAUUAUAGGCCAUAUGUGAAGAAGGUUGUGAAUAACAAGCAGAUUAUGUAUGAUUGUGACAAAGGAUACGUCCUGGAUGAUGGACCCACUGGAGCAACUUGUGUUGGAGGAAGCUGGAGCCCUAAGGAGCUGCCCAAGUGCAUUCCUGGACAGCACCCUAGGCUCAGAUGGAGCAGACGUCGAAGAUCUGUGAAUGAGGAAGAUCUUACUAUGAAUUACAGAAAAUUCAUCGAGUUCUUCCGCAAGAUCGGCAAGAAGCUGCUGCAUCUCGAGAUGAACAAGAGCAAAGAGCACUCGAAGCAUAAGAUCGAGGCGAAGAACUCGAACUUCAGCCACCACGACAACAGCACUGAAGCUCUAUCGUGGAAGAAGCAUCCAGGCCAUGGAAACAGAUCGCGUCUUCGCGAGGAGAAGAUGAUCGACUUUCUCAAAAUCGUCUAUCGUAAGCUGCAACGCAUGGACGCCAGACAAUCUAACAAUUCCACCAACGGCAGUAUGCACGAUCUUCUAAACGCUAUGAGUAAAAACUUCUUCCACGUAGAUUUAUCCGAAUCUCGGAAGAAUAAUUCCGGCAGAGGUCGUUCGGAAUUUGAAAUUCGAAACCAGAGAGAAUUCAUCAAACUUAAACGAGAGUUCGAGCGGAUCAUGCGAUUUUAUAAUAAGUCAAUGCGUUGGAACGAGAAGCAGAAUCGAAAGGAUUCAAAGAAGAAAGGCCAAUCUCACGGAGAAAAGGGGAAGAAAUCAAAGGAUAAGAAGAAGCAUCGUAAAAAUUAUUACAAGGGAUUCUACGAAUUCGUGAACAGUUACGUAACCGAAAAACUGUCUAUGUUGGAGGCCCGGAACGCCACCGAGGAGCUGAUCAAAAAUAUGAAGAUCGACAAGUUCACCGUGCGAAACGGCACAACGUUCACAGUAGGUGAGAUGUACGCGUUCUUCAAACAUAUCAUAGAGGCUAAAUUAAACAACACGGAGGACACGACGCAGGGGGAACCGUCGACAACGGCGUCUUCGUUUUUCACGAGCACGACCGCCGCCAUUGCCGCCAUUGGCAGCAGGAACAGUAGCAGCAGUACGGUGACGACGUCGAGCACGUCGACGACAAGCGGCACGACUACGACGCUGGCGACGCCGAGGGAGAUCGAGGCGCGCGAUAAUCGAUCUUCGACGAUGGCCAGUAACGAGUCUUCGAUGCUGGACAACGAGAUCCCAGCCAAAGAAGGAGUGCCAAAGCACCGCAGCAAGCGAAUACGAAACGCAUCCGAGGACAGUGGUCCUCCGCGUCAGAAGAGGAGGCUGCUGUCCCUGAACGAGCUGCUGAUAGCCAACAAGAAGAGCACCAACAACAUUGCCGGCUCGUCGUCGUGGAGGAGCGAGAAGCAAUGGGCUACAAAGAGGUUCAGGGCCUACGACGACGAGAAGACCAGGCUGUUUACGUUCAAAGAGCUCGAGGCUCAACAACAAAGUCGCUCUAAACGAUUCCUGCCACCGUCUGAGCUGGAUAAUCAAAUCUUUUUAAAAAAUUUAUAUCUACACGCGUACGAAGACGAAUAUCGGGCGAACGUGAAACGCUCGAUCGUUCAAGGAAAUCAUACGAACGAGCAGCAGCCGACUGUGUACAGGAGGCGCAAGGGCAAUCUGGGCGCGUACGAGAUCAAGUGAACGAAAAGCGGAAUUAAUUGUGUUGUGAUAUUAUUGACGGAAUUUACUGAGGUCAUUAAUACCGAUAUCAAUUCGAUUUUAGGCGAGUAUACAUAAUAUACGAUAGGAUUAUAAUCGUUGUCCCUCGUCGAUGCGCAUUGUAAGACGUGUAUCGCGCUUUUUUCAAUGAAUCAAUCUUUUUCCAUUUGUCAAGUCUCGGUGUAACCUGGUUUUACGAUGGGGUUAUCGUAACCCCGUAAAGUCAUUAUUCGACACUUAUUCGCCGCGAUGCGAGCUGAUAGAAUUUCAAUGGUUUGUUCCAGGUAUUCCCUUUUGAUUUUUCUUUCCUUUCAUUGUGUUUUCCUCGUCGUGAUAAUUGAUGGUUAUUCGAUAAGUCGAUGAUUAUUCGAUGUCUUUUUAUGUAUGGAAUGCGAAGAUUAGUGCACAAGCCCCUUGUCCAGUUGAAAUCGUUGCUGAAAGGAGAGGGUUAAAAGCGUGUUACAGGGUUUUUAAUCCACAACGUUUAAGACUGAUCAACUUCGAAUUUUUAACGUAACUUUUAUGGUUUCUUCGCUUUCUUCUGUCUACAACGGAUAAAUUUUCAACGUUGAAUUUUUAAAGAGAGAUUGAUGAAAAAAUGCCUGCCAAAUUUCCUUACUUUUAUUAGUUUGUGAUACUACGGGAAAGCAGUAGUUCUUCAUUUAGUGUAACGAGCAUAUAUCGUUAAUAAGAUAAAUAUGAAGAACGAAAGACAGAAUCAAAAUGGAAACGACGUAUUGACUACAAGGGGCGUAAAAGUAUUUUAGAUAUGGCUGUCGCUGAAAGUAGAGAUAAUUGCCAGCACAAGAGCAGCGUGUCGUUUUGUUUUCAAAGUAGCCAGCUCGCAUUGCAAAAAGUAUUUUAAACUCUUUGAAAAAUCGUAUUAGUAGAAGGAUAUGUUAAACGUAUUUUAAGUAUAUCGUGGAAAAGGCAUCAAAAAAAAAAAAAAAAGAAAAGGAAAAGGAUAAAACGAAGAAGAAAAGGAUUUAAGAAAAA